AUGGCUCUCGGCUUCUUGCUAUAUUGCCUAUUCAAAAGCCGACGUAGGCUUGCCCACGACAAGGAUCUUGGUAUCAAGCAUGGCUGUCUGCCAAUGGAGACCUGGAUACCAUACAACUGGCCAUGGGCCCUCGACAUUCUUAAACGACAAUACGACGUGCUACCAGACCAGCGUAUACUCAUGUUUCAAUCGCAGUACUUUGACAAAAUUGGACCUAACAUGACGUUCAAACUAUUCGGGAAACAAGGCUAUCUCACUGCCGACCCAAAAAAUGUGGAGUCGAUACUAUCAACAAACUUUGAAGACUGGUGUCUUGGCUCUAGGCGACCUGGACUGAUGCCAUUACUGGGCGAAGGUAUUUUUUACUCAAGAUGGAAGGCCAUGGAGGCACUCAAGAGAAUUGCUUCGUCGUCAAUUUUCUCGAAUUGCUCGCCAAGAUUGCAAGACCUGCAGCCUUUCUUUUUCCGAUUUACUCUAGCCACAACAACGGCACUCCUAUUCGGAGGGCCUGUAUCUGCCUUGCCCGUAGAAGAGACAGAUUUGUUUGAGAAUGCAUUUGACUAUGCCAGCUCGGUCAGCGCACUUAGAAUUCGUCUGGCAGAUUUGCAAUGGAUAUGGAAGCCGACUAAGUUCCGCGCAGCUUGUGCUGUUGUUAAGAAAUAUGCGACUCGUUUUGUACAGCUUGCCCUGGAUGAAAUGGCAGAAAAUGGCGAAGAAGCGGCAUCAAGAAAGUAA